AUGCCACAGGGUGGGCUGGAGAGAGGGGAGACGUGGUUUGUGGAUGCCUCCUUCUCAUGCCCAGGGAUCAGCAGUGUGAAUCAGCUGGGGGGCCUCUUUGUGAACGGCCGGCCCCUGCCCCUGGACACCCGACAGCAGAUCGUGCAUCUGGCAGUGAGUGGGAUGCGGCCCUGUGACAUCUCACGGAGCCUUAAGGUAUCUAACGGCUGUGUGAGCAAGAUCCUAGGGCGUUACUACCGUACAGGUGUCUUGGAGCCCAAGGGAAUUGGGGGUAGCAAGCCACGUCUGGCCACACCCGCUGUGGUGGCUCGAAUUGCCCAGCUGAAGGGUGAGUGUCCGGCCCUCUUUGCCUGGGAGAUCCAACGCCAGCUCUGUGCUGAAGGGCUUUGCACCCAGGACAAGACUCCCAGUGUCUCCUCUAUCAACCGAGUCCUGCGGACACUACAAGAGGACCAGAGACUGCCCUGGGCACAGCUCAGAUCACCAGCUGUUUUGGCUCCAGUUCCUCGCACUCCGCAGAGUGGCUCUGAGGCUCCUCGGGGUCCCCACCGGAAUCGGACUAUCUUCUCCCCAGGCCAAGCUGAGGCGCUGGAGAAAGAGUUCCAGCGUGGGCAGUAUCCUGAUUCAGUGCCGGGUUCUCCCUCUGAGUGGAUCCACCCUCACUUUGUAGGUGCUUCUCAGGGACUGGCUGUACCGAGUGCUUCCCCAGGGAUCGUCUCUGCACAGCAGUCCCUUGGCAGUGUGACCACAGUGGCCCUGCCUGUUCCAGAAUCCCUGGGUCCCUCCUGCUAUCAGCUGUGCUGGGGGACAGCACCAGACAGGUGCCUGAGUGACACUCCACCCCAAGCCUGUCUCAAGCCCUGCUGGGGCUACCUGCCUCCACAGCCAAGCCCCCUGCAUUCAUACUGCAAGGCCUGCGAUGAGGGAGGAGGGCCAGAAUGCAAGGGAGAUGCGGUGCAGAGGGUCUAA